AUGAACUAUAAAUAUUGCCUAACUAUUCAAGAUCAUGCAAUCCAAUUAUAUGGUUAGAAUAAUUAAAAGUUUUCCAUCUAUCCAGUAAUAUCUUUUGAUAUGUUAGAACAAAUUAUUUCACAAAAGAACCGCUAAACUAUUUGCAUAAUAAAAUUCUAGGUCUGCAACAGUAGUAGGACUGGCUAAUUUGUCCCAAUUUACUGAACAGCCAACAUCAAAACGUCAACAUAUUAGAUCAGCAUUAUGCAAAAUUGACGCACUUCUCCACAAAGCUGCCUCUUCAUACACUAAAUCUUCAUAAACCUCUGGUAUACCGCCUAAUGCCCAAACCACUCCAUCUCACACAGGAUUUCUAACCAUCUGAAGCUGAGUUUUUUGAUACGUAAGCUUCCCGCUGGUACGGGAAAAGGUGCACCAAGCCCACCCCCCCGCCCACUCCGUUAUUCUUCUGGGGACAGCCAGGCCACUCCAGAUGGUGCGUUAGUUAGUGCUGGCCUUGGCUCUGGAGAAACUUCAACAGACGAAGGCUGUACCGUCAGGAUGCGGCUGUGCUUCGCCCCCGCCCCCCGCCGUUCCCAGGGCAGGAAGGUGCUGAGUUGGAAGCCGAGGGACGCCCGCCCACCUGCCACCACCUGUUCGCUCCUUUGGCCUCCGCUAUAAAUUCUCCUCCCUCCAAGAGCCACCCGGCACUCUCCGACGGCUACCGCGGUAAAAGCGCCCGUUCCCUCUCCGAGCUUCGGGGAAGACUGCCCCUUCCCGAAGAGGAGGCCGGAGCCUGGCCCGAACCAGCCACACCAAACUGCUGCCGCGGGAAGGCCGCUGUCCAGCUUCCCGCUGGGGAGGAAAAUGACUUUCUCCUGAGCAUCUCCAUCUGCCCCACAUUCGGGCCAGGGAAGAGGCGUCCACCGGCCAUCCUCUAGGACUGAGCGCCUGGGAGUUGUUUGUUUUCAGGACUCAGUUCGUUAAGAAGAGUCCCGCGGGGGAGCGGCUCCUCCGAGUGGCCCUCGCGCAGGUGCCGAGUCCGAGCCGGCGCCUGUCGCUCUCGGCGCCGGGAAUGAAGUCCUGCAAGCCCAGCGGCCCGCCGGCGGGAGCGCGCGCCGCGCCCCCGUGCGCGGGCGGCGCGGAGUGCGCGAGCACGUGCGCCGGCGCCGGGCGGCUGGAGAGCGCGGCGCGCAGGCGCCUGGCGGCCAACGCGCGCGAGCGGCGGCGCAUGCAGGGGCUCAACACGGCCUUCGACCGGCUGCGCAGGGUGGUGCCGCAGUGGGGCCAGGAUAAGAAGCUGUCCAAGUACGAGACCCUGCAGAUGGCGCUGAGCUAUAUCAUGGCGCUGACCCGCAUCCUGGCCGAGGCCGAGCGAUUCGGCUCGGAGCGGGACUGGGUCAGUCUCCACUGUGAGCACUUGGGCCGCGACCAUUACCUGCCGUUGGCGGGCGCGAAGCUGCCGGGCGAGGGCGAGCCCUUCGGCCAGAGGCUCUUCGGUUUCCAGCCCGAGCCCUUCCGGAUGCCCAGUUAGGCGCCUUAGGUGGCUUCGUGAACUUGCAGGAGACCUCGGUUCGCACCCUCAGACCUACGGACACGAUCGUCGUGUGGUUGCUUCCCCCUGCUUCUCUGUGUCGGGUAGAUUUCAUUAACGCAGCUGUGGACGUUAUUGUUUGUGGAAAUAACGCCCCCGCCCAGCCCCCUUUCCUGGACUACUUUGAGGGAACACAAACAUAAGGAAAAACCAGGACUAAACUGCAGUUUCAGUCCUCAGAAAUACGUAAACUUUGAGAGUGCGUCCCAGUCCUGGGGCGGCCACAGUUGUCCGCUGCUCGCGUGGGCUCAAAGCAGAGCUGCCCUCCAGCCGUGCAAACGCGUUUGUGCUAGGUGCGUUGUGUGUGCAUGCAUGCAGUAGACUCAGACUUUCUGUUGCUUGUAGAAUACACGGGCGUGAGUGCCCUGUAUUUUUAAAAGCUAUGUACACAUUAAACUAUAGAUUUUAUAAAAUAGAA